AUGAAUUCAAGUUCCAGUAGCAAAUCAAAUAAAUUGGGAGGUCAGUAAUACUAUCAUCAAGAAAAGCAUUAUAAAAACGCUGAAUAAGAAGAUUCUAAUUCCUCUCUUGAAAACAAAUCAAAAGGCGGCUAAAAAUAUAAAAGAAAAUAAGUUGAAAUAAAGCUAUUUGUAGGCCAAAUCCCUAAAACAUGGGAAGAGAAUGAUUUGAAAACAUUUUUUGAGAAGUAUGGUGAAAUUGUGAAAGUUUAAGUAAUCAGAGACAAAAAUAAUUAGCACAAAGGGUGUGCUUUUGUUGUUUUUGCCUCUAUUUUAUGCGCCAAUAUUGCAAUUGAAGCUCUCAAAGCAACUAAAUUGCCUGGAAUGUAAAACAACAUACAGGUUAAGUGGGCUGAUAAUGAGCCUGAUAGGCUAGGAAUCAGACAAGACCAAGACUAUGUCUUAUAUGUAGCUCAUAUUCCUAAAAAUGCAUCAGAGCCUGAAAUAAGAAAUGUUUUUGAAAACUAUGGAAUUGUUAAAGAAGUUGAUAUCCCUAAAGAUUAAUCUGGAACAAGCAGAGGAUUUGUUUUUGUGAAAUUUGAAAAUAUUGAACAAGCUAUUUUAGCCAAAUAGGCUCUCCAUGAAAAAUAAGUUUUAAAUAAUCAAACACAGUCCUUAGUGGUCAAGUUUUAUGAUCCUAAAAAGAAAUAAACUCAAGGAAAUUAAGGACCAUAGUAAGGUCAAUCUGGCAAUUCUUCAAACAAUUACAACAACAAUGGACAGGGAUAGCCUCAUCACUCAAAUAGGGAUAACUAAGGACAGUCUAAUUAUUAUCCAUCUUCUUCAUAGCCUUAAAUGUACUCAUAAGGUUAAUAGCCUAACCAAAGAAACUCUGACAAUUAUAAUUACCAAAGAGAAUAGCACUCUAAUUAUAACUAAGGAAGCUAGUCAUAAGGAUAUAGAGGAGGAUAAGGAAAUUAUCACGGGCAUCAUGAAAGCAAAGGGUCCUAUAACUAAAAUAAUUAAAAUUACCCAAGAGAAAGUGCCAAUUUAAACAACAGUGAACAUUAUGAUUAGCCAAGCUAGUCGUUCGAUAGCUUCUAAAGUCACUCUUCUAAUUUUAGAGAGUAAUAUGGCAAUCAAAAUCUCCAAUAAUCAUAACAUAAUAACGGUUAUCCUCACCAUAAUCGUAACAACAACAGCAACAACAAUAACAGUAAUAAUAGCAGCAACAAUAACUUUUAGUAUAGCAGUAGCUACCCCUCUAAUUAGCCUGCUGGAAAUAAUUUGAGCAAUUAGCAAUUUAAUUAAACUUAUAAUAACAGCAACUAGAGUAAUGACUAUAACUACCAAAACCCUUAGUAAAACGACUAUGUUCCUCCACCACAAGGACAAAAUAACUUUUAGUUUAAUGAUUAUUAACAGCAGCAUCACAGUAAUAAUAAUGGACCUGUUCCAAAUAGUGCUAAUAAUAAUUAAAUUUAAUAGUUUAAUCCAUACUAUAAUAACGAAAAUUUUGAUAACUAUAACAAUCCUUAGAUUCACAACGAAUAGCCCAGCUUUACUCCAAAUUAACCUCCAUAAUAAAUACCUUAACAUGAAAUAAAUUAACCUCCAUUAUUCAAUAUGCCAUAAUAAUAACAACAACCAAUAAACCCAUAGCCUUCAUUAGACAUUUCUUAGCCUAGUAGUGGUUACUAAGAGCCAAUCCCUGCUGUAGAACCUAAUUAAUAGCCAAUUUAACAAAAAGCCUAUAUUAAGUAUUACACUGAUGACAAAGUCCCUUAUUACUAUGAUACUCAAACUUAAUCUACAUCAUAUGACUAACCUCCUUUAGGAUCGAUAAUAUAUAAUCCAGAUGGAACACAAGAACAUGUAUAACCAGAAAGCAUCGAACAACUGCAAAAAUUUUAACAAGAAACAGGAUUAGCAGAAAAUAAAGAACUUGAAAUUUUAUCCUAAAAAACAACAGGACCUCCAGGAGCUAAUUUAUUCAUUUUCCAUCUUCCAAACGACUACCGUGAUUCAGAUCUUUUAAGACUCUUCAAAAAAUUCGGUGAUUUGCUCUCCGCAAGAGUUAUCACACGUCCUGAUGGUUCUAGCAAAGGCUAUGGUUUUGUAAGUUAUACAAGCCCAGAUGGUGCUCAACAAGCUAUACAGUAAAUGAAUGGCCUAUAAGUUGGAAGUAAAUAAAAAUUAAAGUAUGAGUUUUAAAUUAAAUAUAAUUUACAUUAAAUAGAGAAAAAGCUAAAAGUAGAAGUAAAAAAAGGUCAAGGUGAUGGAGAUUUACCACCUAGUCUUAGUUAAAAUGGAUAUUAACCCUUUUGA